AUGCAGGUAGCUAGCAGGCUAUUGUUAGUCUGGGGAGUCAUGUAUGUCUUUUCACCAUUCAGUCCAACUCUACCCAUCUUCGAAUUUGACGGUACGGGUGUGAAUAAAUAUUUCCUUCUCGGACAUGGGAUGAGAUCUGCCCAACUAAGUGAUUGGGGGUUCAUCGGAUGUCUGUUUGCUUGGGGCGUUACGGAAUGUAUUAGAUAUGGCUUUUUUGUCUUCCAGAUAUCGGGACAGGGUAUUCCUAAAGCCAUCCUGUGGUUGAGGGUCUUAUAUAUUGUUUACCCAUAUGAUGGCGCAGAGGAGGAAAGUUAUGAAGGCUGA